AUGAGGAUCUCCCCAAGUCUGUUGGUCAUCAUUGGGCUCACUGUCCGUCAUGCUGAGGCUCGACCAGCGUCGCUGGCCGUCCGCGAUCGUGAUGGCGGAGAGCCGUACCGUGGAGCCGUUCUGAGUCGUCCCGUCACAGACCUCUCGCGGAGAGGAGAUCGCUCAAACGGUGAUGGCGCCAACAACACCAUGCGUCAGUUUAGCCGUACCGUUGGGAGCUAUGGUCCAGACGCCCAACUACAUGGUCUUGGACCAGCUCCCGGUAUCUGGCCGGAUCCUCUUCUGGACAAUCCCAAUGACGAAGGACCCUUUCCGGGAAAAGGGAAUGGCGGGAAGGAAGAAGGCCAAUCCGGCUCUUCACCGGAGCUUCCAGUCAACGGCACGGACUCGGAUCAAAGCCAACAUCCGGGCUGUGUGGAAAGCUGUGAGGAAAGAGACUUCACGCCUCAGAUCCGCGAGCACGACUGGACCAUCACCUACGGCCCCUCUGCUCCCGAUGGUUUCCUCAAGAAGCGAAUCCUCGUCAACGGCCAAUCACCCGCUCCCCUGAUCGAGGUCAACGAAGGAGAUACACUCAUUGUCAAAGUGACAAAUCUGCUCGACGAAGGCACGUCAAUCCACUGGCACGGCAUGUUCCAAAACAACACCCCAUUCAUGGACGGCAUUGCUGGAUUUUCCCAGUGUCCAAUCCCACCCGGUGGUCACCUCACGUAUCGUUUCAAGAUCGAGGGCCAGUACGGCUCGUACUGGGUGCACAGUCACUCCAAGAUGCAGUACACCGAUGGGCUGUACGGCGGAUUGAUCGUGCACUCGAAGAACGACCCUUACCAGAAAUGCCGCGACUAUGAUGACGAGCGUGUGUUUUUGUUCGCCGACAACUACCACGAUUUCGCCGACUACAUCGUAAAGCAGCUGCUUUCCGCCCAGGGUUACAACGGGACGGCAGCGGCGCCGUCGCCACAGUCCGGACUCAUCAACGGUGCUGGUCAAUUCGACUGUGCUGCUCUGGCACGUGCUAGAGGCAAGCAACCGGGCAUGCCGACAAGAUGCGAGCAGCUGCCUACCCCCACCAUGGACAUUGAGCCGAACAAAAAAUACCGCUUCCGUUUCAUCAACACUGGCUCGCAUGCUCAGCACAUUAUCUCGAUCGAUGAUCAUGAGAUGUACGUGAUUGGCGCAGACGGAACUGCAGUCAAGCCGCACCGGGUGCACCGCGUCCCGAUCCACAACGGACAACGACACGACGUGCUGGUCGAAACCAAUCAGGGCGUCGAUGGUGACAGCUUCUUGCUUCGGUCGACUAUGAUGACGGCGUGUUUCUCGUUUGUCGAUCCUCUGCUCAAUCCCGUUGCCAACCUGACUUUGCGGUACAAAUUGCCUGGGAGCGACGUCCCCUCUCGCCCACCCGUACCGCACGAUUGGAAGGACGCCAUGGGGAGCCAGUGUCAAGAUCUCGACGACUCCGAACUCAUCCCCGCCGUCUACACCUCCGUCCCACCGAAUCACGACAUCAACAGCCUCGCCAUCUUCAAUUCGCAAUUCGGCAACCUCCAACUCGCCAACGGCACCACCCUCGGUCGAUUCUUCGUCGACAACAUCACCCAGACCAAUUUUGUCAACAAGCCGUACCUCGAAGUGACCCAUCGCGGCGGACACAUCAACACCACCUCCGUCGCUUCUCUUCUCGUGCCCGAUGAUGUCUGGGUGGCAGAUUUCAUCAUCAACAACGAAGACACUUUCCUCGACCAUCCGUUCCACCUCCACGCCACGGACAUGCACAUCGUUGCACGUGGAUCGGGCAGCAUGACACGCGAACAGUGGGUCGCGUUGAACGACGGAGAAGCGCAGGGUGUCAACCGGACCGCGCUGAAUCUGGUCAACCCGCUGAGGAGGGAUACGAUCACGGUGACGAGGUCGAGUUACAUAGUGGCGAGGAUCAUCGCUGAUCUGCCCGGAGUCUGGGCUAUGCAUUGCCACAUCGCGAUGCAUGUGGCCGAGGGGCUGAUGGCGGCGAUCGCGAUCCAUCCGCAGAAGAUCCGGGAGUUGGAGUUCGACCAGGAGGUGCUCGAUCUGUGUCCCGUGUCGGUACAGUCGUUGAACGAGAUCGAGCCUGCCUGA